CACGUCACAGCCGCGUCAUCAUGUCUCCGUGUCUGCUUUUAUCACUUUGGAAUUAAUUUGUUCUACAGUAUCAUACCUUAUCGACAACUUUAUAUGUGAACUAUAAAUUUUUGACGGUUUUCCAUUUAGAGGCUUAAGAUGGAAAUUUUGAGUCAAGUGACUAACACGCAGUUUAUGUUCACCGCUGCGGCUGUGGCUGUUGUUUUAGUAUGCGCAGCUCUUGUAUUCGUAUUCGGGUUCCGCUCAGCAGAACAGCCGCAGUUUGAUAAACUGCCUCUGGUUUUGGACGACAGAAAAUCGUCCAACAAGAAGAACAAAAAGAAGGACAAGAAGUCUUCACCCAACCGUGUCGUGACCGAUGAUGUGAAGACUAAGUCUGAGAACUCCAAAAAGUCUCCAAGUAAGGAGAAGAAGGAGGAAAAAGUGAAAGAAGUAGAGAAGCCCAAGCCCAAGGAAAGACCCACUGAGCCCAAACCCGUGAAGAAGGAAAUAGGAGCCGGUGAUGCCAAGAAGGGCAAAAAGAACAAGAUUGUAGUUGAAGUUGAGAAGCCUGCUGAUUUUGAUGAUGGAGGCUGGCAAGAAGUGCCAAAAAAAAGUGACAAAAAGAAGGAACGUAAGCCUGUUGAGGACAAGGACAAGAAGAAGGAAAGCCCUGCUAAGAAAAAUAAAAAGGUGAAAGAUGCUGAUGUUGAGGCUGCUCGACCUGUGGAGGAGCCUGUUGAAGAGACUAUCAAGGUUAUAAGUGCUGAAGGCCCACAUGUGGACGAGGAUGCAGCCCGUGCCCUACAAGCUCAAGUAGAAGAACUCCAGCGUGUACUGAAAGAGGCAGAGCGUCGUGAGCAGGCUGCUCUUGGUGGUGUGGAAGAUGAAUCCCCUGAAGUUGAGGAACUGACUGAUGUUAAAGAUCUCCGAAGCAACAAGAAGAAAGAAAACAAAGAAAAGCAAAUCAGGAAGAAAUCUGUAGAGAUUUCAGCAACUAAGAGUGUCCCGAAGCAAGAUUCUGUGGAGAAGGACAAUUCCGACUCUGAGAAACAAGACAGCCAAAAUGCGUUGGCCUUUGAUGAGUUAGGCGACACAUGGACCGACGCGAAAGUGUCCAAGAAGAGCAAAAAGAAGGCUCGCAAAGACCAGUGAAGGGUGAGUUAUAGAAACAGGGUCCAGCUGGGCGCUCCGCCCCGUUGCUAGCUCAAUGCCACUCACCCCUGAUAAAAUUAUACCUGUUGCUGCUAACAUACUCGAAGUGAAUAUGCUAUUCUGUUGCCAUUCAUACAAACCUCAAGUUAAAGUCUAAAUUACCACUCAGUUCAGGGUUGUAGUUUUACAGGGUG